AUGCUUGUUAUGGGUUUGGAUACUGAUUAUCAACAGGCUCUUGAGUUUGUUGAACAAGUGAAUUUCGCAAAGGCCAUUGGAUCAUCAAAAGGGUUUGAGACAAAUAUCCGUUACCUUGGUGGUCUACUUGCUGCUCAUGAUUUAAGGCCUAACCAUAUGCUUGUCAAGAAAGCAGUGGAGCUGGCAGAAUUGACAUUGGUACCUCUUUUUGCAGAUAGUAUGACCCCUUUAGGUGACAAAGUCAAAGUGCCUUAUACUUAUAUGGAUGUGAAUAAUAAGACAGCCGAAGAAACAGAUACAAUCAAUCUUGCUGAAUUCGGUAGUUACACAAUGGAGUUUACUCGAUUAUCUCAAGUAACAGGCAACCCCAAAUACAAGACAUUGGCAGAUAACUUAACCAAGGCUGCCAUCAGACAACCUACCCGUAUCCCCGGUCUUUUUCCUACCUCUUGGAACUUCAAGCCAUUCAGUCCUCAAUCUGAUAGCUACAUCACAAUGGGUGGUGGAGGCGAUAGUUUUUACGAGUACUUGAUCAAGAACUAUAUUCUGGACAACAAACAAGAUCCUGCACUACUUGAGAUGUGGGAGAAAUCAGUCAAGAGUAUUCAAGAACAUAUGCUUGUGGCUACUGCUCAAGACCCCAAUAUUGAAUUUGUAGCUGGUAUUGCUAAAGAUAAAGUUUAUUAUAGUUCUCAAGAAUUGAUUUGUUUCUGGCCUGGUAAUAUUCUGCUUGGUAUCACACAAACAAGUUUAGAAAACAAGAGACAGUUUAGACAAUUUGCAGACACAUUUUUAACAUCAUGUAUCGAAACUUGGAAAAAGAGUAAGACGGGUAUUGCUCCUGAAAGCUGGAAAUUUACACCUAAAGAUGAUCGUUUACAACUCAAAUUGGACAAGCUAUUUCAGUCCAACAAGUCCAAACGAGAUAUUGCAUCAUUCCAAGUUGAAAACUCCAUUUAUGACCUAAGACCAGAGACAAUUGAAAGUAUAUUUUACUAUUAUCGUUUGACAGGCGAUAAAAAAUACAAGGACCUUGCUUGGGAAUUGUACAUGAGCAUUCAUCGCUAUGCAAGAGCAAAGGCAGGCUAUUCUCGAAUCAAUGAUGUCAAUCGCAUGCCAGCUACUCUACAAGAUUUUCAAGAAAGCUUCUUUUUUGCUGAAACACUGAAAUACCUCUACCUCAUCUUUGUCGACAAAGACUGUAUCUCGCUUAAUGAUUUUGUGUUUAAUACAGAAGCCCAUCCUUUCAAGCUAUCUAAGCCUAUUCAAUAUCAAUAA